GAAAAGAAAUGCUUUCGGAUGGGAAACACUUCGAGAGAAUCUACAGUGGUUUCAGAUUCAGACUUCAGGUCCUUCAUGCACACUGGUGAAAGUUUCACAAACACUCUUCAGCUCUUUGUUUCUCAUCUGCCAAGCUGUAAAAGCGCUCUAGAAAGACAGAUUACGGAGCUGCAGGAAGUGGCUGAUGGUGUGGAUAAGACGCACAAAGGCGUGAAGAUCGCUGGCAUCACCGGAGGAGCCACAGGAGCGGUGGGCGGCGCGGCGGCCGUGGCCGGGAUCCUCCUGUCCCCCGUCACUCUGGGAGCGUCUCUGGCCAUCACGGUGGUCGGGGUCGGGGUCGCAGCCGCUGGCGGGGUCACGGGGGCCUCGGCCGCCAUCACCAACAAAGUCAAGAAAAAUCAGGUCAGGAAGAAGGUGGAAACAAUCUUAAAGGAGUGCUAGAGUGAGAUGAAGGACGUUGAACGUUACUUGGAUACCAUCAGCACAGAGAUGGGAAAACUCUGAGAAUAUGAGCUGCUGACGCUGGAACGCGUGAAUGUGAAGUCCGCAAAGAUCGUGCGGCUCGUCAGGA